AUGGACGAUAAACGAGACCGGCGUAUGGAGGACAUGUCGAAUUACGAAUCCCGAAAGGCUCGAACCUUCAAGAAGUUCUCCUACCGAGGCGUUGACCUCAAGGAUCUGCUCGAGAUCUCCACCGACGAGUUCAAGGAGCUCGUUUCCGCCCGAGCCCGAAGACGGUUCAACCGAGGCCUCAACAAGAAGCCUACCAUUCUCAUCAACAAGCUGCGAAAGGCCAAGCUCGCCGCCGGCCCCAACGAGAAGCCCGCCGUGGUCAAGACCCACCUGCGAAACAUGCUCAUCUUCCCCGAGAUGAUUGGCUCUGUUGUUGGUGUCUACAACGGAAAGUCCUUCACCACCGUUGAGAUCAAGCCCGAGAUGAUCGGCAUGUACCUCGGUGAGUUCUCCAUCACCUACACCCCCACCCGACACGGCCGACCCGGUGUCUCCAACUCCAAGUUCAUUCCUCUGCGAUAA